AUGCCAGGCAAGAAAGCGCGUAAGAGCGCGCAGCCGAGCCUCUCGUGGGCGCCGGCAGAGCGCCACCAGGAACAUGAAGUUGAGUGUGCUAUUCAGCUCCGGAGAAUUGGAGACAAACUGAAUUUCCGGCAGAAAGUUCUGAAUGUAAUAGCCAAACUCUUUCACUUGGGCACCUGA